UGAACGUGUAAUUGACUGAUUUUUUUAUUGGUUUGAAUAAAUAACUUUUUGACGUUUACUGAUUUAUUGAUCGAAUUGAUGUCACUGGACGGUAUUUGGAGAAAAAUAUUUUUAAAUUUUAAAUUUAUGAAAUUUAUUAGUGCAGGGAAAGUUCUAUUGGUGAAUAAAAACUUGAAAAAAUAUUUUGGAGUAAAUGAGUGUGUUUUUCUUGGGAUUAUUUCAAUAGAUUAAAAGAGCGCGCCAUUUAUAUAUAAUGUCAGUGCGCGCAGGCGACUUGCGCAUUUUAUUUACACCCGCGAGUCCCUCUUCGACGCAGCACGUGAAGCACGUGUAUGUAUAUAUAUUGUUUAAGACUUUUGUGUACAAAUUCAGAAGCUGACAUUUUGUUUACAUUUUUUAAGUAUUAUGUAUAUGAAGUUGAUCAUUGAUUUUUUGUAUAUUUUUAAAACUGCAUGAAUGGUUUUCUAUGGAUUUACUACUUGUAGAUAUCAAUUUGUAAAUGUAUAAAAUAGUUUAUUGUUAUUUUUUGAGGUUACGAGGAGAAUAUUGUUUUUGUAGAUUUAUAAAUAAAUAUAAGGAUUAUUGAAAUGGCUGGUCAACAACCGUCUUUUCCAUCGGGUUUUCCGGCACCCCAACAGCAAGCGAUGAUUAAUCAAUUUGGUGGGGGUCAAAUGGUACCAGAGUUGAUGGGCCCUCAGCAAGGAGGCAUGCCAGGAGGUUUAGUUAAUCCCCAACAGUUUGGAGGGAAUGUUGGUGGCAACGUUGGUGCCGUUGGCCCAAAUCCAAUGGGUAUCCCAACAGCUCAGCAAGUUAUGACCCAACAGCGCCAACAACUGGCCCAACAGACCCUCAUGCAGCAGCAGCUCCAACAAAUGCAGCAGCAACAAAUGCAAAUGCAGCAGCAGCAACAACAGACAGCUCAUGUCCCUCAGAGCAGCCAAGCUGCUAAUCAGGUACAGACUCCUCAGACUCCUGUUCCUCAAGUUCAGCCGCAAAUUCAACAGCAGCAGCCUCAACCUCCUCAGCAACCGGCACAGCAGCAGCCUCAGCAAAAGCAACAAUUUAAUACUGCCACUUUAUGUAAACUAGGCCAAGAAAUGGUACAUGAUAUUGUCAACCGAACUCUCGAACUUUUUCAAAUUCUUAAAACUAUUCAACCUCCCAACGGUACUCAGCAAGGAGCUACUGUAGCAAAUGAGAGGCAAAAGAAGAUGCUGAAUCAGCUCCAAGCCAAUGCUUUAUUUUUUAAACGUAUCAGAAUGGUAUACAAUGCAUGUAAUGAAAAUUGUCAAUUACAGGGUAUGGAGUACACGCAUAUCGAGAGUUUGAUUCCCUUGAAAGAAGAGUGGGAUAUGAAGUCAGAGGAAAAGAAAACCUCUGAAGCGUAUCGACACGCUUGUGAGGAACGCAACGAAUUAAUUGAACAAGUAACUGCCAAAAACCGUCAUUUGAAAGAAAUAAUCGAUCAUAUACGACUAAUUAUAUCGGAAGUAAAUAUAAUGUUGCAUAUGCGGCGAUCUUAGGAUUAAUUUUAAUCAAUGUAUUUAUUUAAAAUAAAUUAUUUUCAAAAAUAAAUAUAUAUGUACAUUUAAUUAAUAAAAUAAAAUAU